AUGCGCCGUCCAGAGCGCCAAUUCGACCCUUUCUCGGAGUCGCCGAUGGAUGGAGUUAUUGCAGCUACUUGUGAGGUGCGAAUCAUUUCGGGCCAAUUUCUAUCUGAUCGCAAGGUCGGCACCUAUGUUGAGGUCGACAUGUAUGGUCUUCCAACAGACACCAUUAGAAAGGAAUUCCGCACCAGAGUGGUGCCUAACAACGGUCUAAAUCCUGUGUACGGAGAUGAUGCUGUCUUUGUAUUUCGCAAGGUUGUCUUGCCAGAUUUAGCUGUCCUUCGGUUUGCAGUCUAUGAGGAGACUGGUAAGCUUAUUGGUCAGAGAGUCCUGCCUUUGGAUGGACUUCAGUCAGGUUACCGACAUAUCUCCCUCCGGACCGAAGGCAACUUCCCACUUUCGCUGCCAACUCUCUUCUGUCGUGUAUCCCUUACAACCUAUAUCCCCGAAGGUCUCAACGAUCUAGUGGAUGCUCUCUCUGACCCAAGAGCAUUUCUUUCCAAAGAAGAGCAACGCAUGAAGCAGCUGGUCAGCAUGGGCAUUGACUCCUCGGAAAUCGCUGAUGUGCCCACUUCAGGCAAAAAACAUCGGGCUUUGCCUGCCGGCUCCGGGGUCGGUGGCUUGGGCGGUGCUGGGUUGACUGGAGCUGGCUCUAGUGGUGGACUUAGUGGGCAAGCUGGAGGUCUGAGUGGAGCGACUGGAGGCACUAGUAGUGGAAUGGCUUCGAGUGGCGUCGGAACUGGUGAUGGCUCUUUAGGAAAUGCUAUUGGAAAGCGAGAUGAUAAGAAAGGUGAGCUGUUGAUUUGGGGCAUGACUUUAUUUUAA